GGUUAGUUUAGAUUUUCUCCGCAAAAUAUUAGAGAUUCACUUCGCGCGAGUGUGAUGACGUAGUAGUAAGGCCAACCUGACACAGAAUUUAAAAAUAUUUGUAGUUCUUUGGGCGGAAGUAGCCUACAUAUCCCGACGGGCAUUUCGUCAUUGCCAUAGCAGCGGGAAGUUGGUUUGAUUCUGUCUCCAAACCAUGGACAGUCUGAGCCGAGGCUUCGCAGCGAUACAACCCGCUGCAGGUCGGGAUUUCGCCGGUAACGAGAUGGAGCAGGGCCCGGAGGUCCGAACAGUGAACCGACAGAGUCCCGGUAACCGUGUGAGGGAGCUCCAGGUGACCGGGACGGCGGAGGUGCGUUGCCCGGCGGACAGAGCCUCUGUCCGGGUGAGUGUGGGCAGCAGCAAGGAGUCAGUGACAGAGGUGACCAACAGCGUGCUCCGGAGGAUCGAGUACAUUUUACAGUCUCUCAGACAACAUGGCAUCAGUGACACAGAUGCUUCAGUGAGGAGGUUUGUCCACAGAGAGGAGGACCUGUAUCGCAUGGAUGCAGAGGUCGUGGUCACCUUCUCAGACUUUGAGAAGAUGGAGCAGCUUUGCAGUGUCCUGCUGGAGAAGCUUGACAAGAGUGUGUGUGUGGGACCGCCACAGUUUUACCACAGUGCAGAGAGCCUGGGUCAACUGAGGAAGCAAGUGUGUGUAUCCGCAGUUGAAAAUGCUCAGCAGAAGGCCAGGGAAAUCAGUCAGUUGCUGGGACAAAGUCUAGGACCCCCCAUGCUGGUCAGAGAGGAUGAGACAAGGGAGUGGAGGGAUGAGGAGUAUGGAGGCAGAGGACACAGCACUCUACCCACAAUCACAGCCUCCUCGCGGGUGUCCGUCUACUUCAGCCUCAAAGACAGAAGCAGGAAAAAAUUCUAAAGACACUUGUCAUUCACUCAUCAGA